AUGGCAGUGGCCGCGCGCGACAAUAUCUCCUCUAUAGUGGAGUUCCGGUUGAGACCGGUAGCCGCUCGUUGGCGGUACCAAAUGUACGUCAUUGUGGACAAGGAGUAUGUGUUUUGGUGGGACGAGUCCAUGAGAUUGCAGUACUUUAAGGGCGUGACCCUCUACCAGCCCGCGGGCAUACAGAAUAUGUCGCACGUGAUCGCUAUGUUUGACUCCGGGGUCGGUGUGGAGGUCAUGACCGAUGGCGGGCACCUCACUGUCCACGUGUAUAUGCCCAAUACGUUCCUGGGGGGGUGUGCGGGUGUGGGGUAUGGGAACGGGACGGGGGGGCUGUUAGGUUUAUAUUCGCGUGACGUCCGGGACGACUUUACGCUGCCUAAUGGGCAACAGAUAUCACUGCAGAGCACUCAGGAGGACAUCCAUUUUCGGUUCGGGAAGGCGUGGCGAGUGCAGGAACGGGUG